GUUUGGUUUGGUGAUUAUAAUUUUAGAAAUUGGCUCCAACUUCUCCCCUGCCCAAAUCGCCCACUAACCAACCAACACCCAACUCUCUUUCUCCACUCCACUCUCCAAUCUCCAUCUUCUUCUUGUUGUUGCGUUUGAACAAAAAAUGGCUAGAAAGAAGAUUAGAGAGUAUGAUUCAAAGCGACUUCUUAAAGAACACCUGAAACGCCUUGCCGGUCUUGAUAUCCAGAUCUGCUCUGCUCAGGUGACUGAGUCUACAGACUUUACAGAGUUAACAAAUCAAGAACCAUGGCUUUCUUCAUCGAGAUUGGUGGUUAAGCCUGAUAUGUUAUUUGGGAAACGUGGGAAGAGUGGUUUGGUUGCUUUGAAUUUAGAUCUAGCUCAAGUUGCUGAAUUUGUGAAAGCAAGGCUUGGAGUUGAGGUUGAAAUGAGUGGCUGUAAGGCACCAAUAACUACAUUCAUUGUUGAACCAUUUGUUCCACAUGAUCAAGAAUUUUACCUCUCAAUAGUCUCUGAAAGACUUGGCUGCACCAUUAGUUUUUCAGAAUGUGGAGGUAUUGAAAUUGAAGAGAAUUGGGAUAAGGUUAAGACUGUAUUCCUUCCCACUGAAAAGCCUAUGAACUUGGAGGCAUGUGCUCCAUUGAUUGCUACACUUCCUCUGGAGAUUCGAGGUAAAAUUGGUGCCUUCAUAAUGGGAGUCUUUGCUGUCUUUCAAGAUCUAGAUUUCAGUUUUAUAGAGAUGAAUCCUUUUACCCUGGUUAAUGGAGAGCCAUAUCCACUAGAUAUGAGAGGCGAAUUGGAUGACACUGCUGCUUUUAAGAACUUUAAGAAGUGGGGUAACAUAGAGUUUCCUCUUCCCUUUGGAAGAGUUCUGAGUCCUACUGAAAGCUUCAUUCAUUCGCUGGAUGAAAAGACAAGUGCAUCUUUGAAAUUCACUGUUUUGAACCCAAAAGGGCGUAUCUGGACAAUGGUAGCUGGAGGUGGUGCCAGCGUAAUUUAUGCCGACACUGUUGGAGAUUUGGGUUAUGCAUCAGAGCUUGGCAACUAUGCAGAGUAUAGUGGAGCUCCUAAUGAGGAGGAAGUUUUACAAUAUGCAAGAGUUGUAAUUGAUUGCGCCACUGCUGAUCCUGAUGGUCGAAAGAGAGCCCUUCUAAUUGGAGGUGGCAUUGCUAACUUCACAGAUGUUGCAGCUACUUUCAAUGGUAUCAUACGAGCCCUCAGAGAAAAGGAAUCCAAGUUAAAAGCAGCAAGAAUGCACAUCUAUGUUCGAAGAGGGGGUCCAAACUACCAGACUGGUUUGGCAAAGAUGCGGACUCUGGGAGAAGAGGUGGGAGUGCCACUUGAGGUUUAUGGGCCUGAAGCCACCAUGACUGGCAUCUGCAAGCAGGCCAUUGAUUGCAUCAUGUCUGCGGCAUAGUUUCAUAGCCCAUUUUCUCCUUUAUCAAUCUGUACAAGGAAAAUAAUUUGGGGCAAAAUGUGUGUGUUGAGAAGAUCAUCUUUUGUUGAGACAAUACUUUCUGUGCAGAAGGCAUGAACCAGAUUGAGAUUUUUUUUUUUUCCUUCUUUUCUUUCUUAAUGGAAAAGUUUGAUUGAAUUGCUUUA